AUGAACGGUAUGACCCUACUCAAGCGUCACGGUGCAGCGUCCAUGGACGACAUGGGCAUGCCUGACAUGCCCAUGGACGACAUGCCCGAAGACUUCGACCACCAGUACAAAUAUGAGUACCGGACGACAUACAUCAUGUGUGCUUUUGUUUUCCUGGCUAUGCUUGUUCACCUCUUCCGUAUUUACCGCGAGUACUGCCCAAAGUCUGGUCUCCGUCUGGUGCGCAUUCCUGGCGUGUCCAACAUCAUUGCGUUUAUGCGGAGCAUUUCGUACAUUCGUUUCAAGCAGCGCGGUCCCAUCCCUCUCCCCUCGCUUCAGCACUGUAUUGGAAUCUCUGCCUUUUUCAUCUCGCUCAUUGUAUGGGUGCUGGCUAUCAAGCCGUAUUACCGUGCGACGAGUGAUGACGGCUCGCCUCCCAUCGCCAUCCGCACCUGCAUGGUGGCUAUGGCUCUGUUUCCCUUUAUUUUUGCGUGCGCCCUCAAGGUCAACCCGAUCUCUAUGCUGACGGGUAUCUCUCACGCUCGUCUCCAAGUCUAUCACCGCGGCCUUGCCUUUACGAUGUUUGUCAUGUCGCUCAUUCAUGCUAUUCCUUUCCUCUAUCAAGCUGGGGCUGAAGGUGGCUACAAGAAGCUGCACGAGACCUAUACAUCAGAGCAGCAGUACUGGACGGGUACCGUGUGUCUUUGUCUGAUCUUCUGGAUGCUCUGCUCGAGUCUGGGCAUGUUCCGCAACCUGUCGUACCAAUUCUUUGUUAUCCAGCACAUUGUGUGCGUCUGUGUUCUUCUUGGUUUCCUCUACAAGCAUAAUACCGACACUCUGUACAGCAACCUCUUCCUUUGGGCUGCCGUCGCUUUCUGGAUCUUUUCGAUUGUUGUGCGCGGCUGCAUGGUGCUCAUCUCGUCCGAGUUCUUGGUCGGUGCGCGUGCGAAUGUCGAAGUGCAGGCUGUAACGAAUGUUCCCCUGGAAGACGAGAAGCUGAAUUCAGAGCGCGGCCAGGAGACGAUCCGCCUAACCUUUAGCACGCCGCUCAAGUGGCGUCCUGGGCAGCACAUUUACGUGCGCCUCCCCGGCUUUGCGCCCGCCCAGGCCCAUCCCUUCUCGAUCAUGUCGCUUCCGAACCGCAGUCGCCUCAUGUCGCAGGUGGUACUCAUGGCCAAGGUACACCGUGGAACGACGCGCAAGAUCUUCAACUAUGUUCAGAACCUUGACGACAACUUCCAGGAGCGCUUCUUUGAGUCGGAGAUCAACACGAACGCGGUUGCGAAUGGCCACCACUCGGACUCGCUGCCCUAUCACGCGACGGACCCCGAAAAGGUUGUGACCGGAGACGAAGGCAAGGUGAGCCCAAAGACCGCUGUGGAGACAGGCCCUGCCCUGCAGCGCACGAGCGUGCGCCAGACGCAGGUGGUCGGCUACCUCGACGGCCCGUACGGCUUCACCACGAGCCCCUCGAGCUACGAGCACGUCACCUUCUUUGCGGGUGGCACGGGUAUCGCGCACGUCCUGCCAAUUUUCCUGCUGCUCCUGCGCCGCAGCUCGGAGAACGACACCAAGGUCCUGACGAAGCGCAUCCGUUUUGUAUGGACGACGCACUCGAGUGGCCUGGUGAACUGGCUCGAGUCCGAUCUGCGUACUAUUAACAAACUACGCGAGACUGCCGGCGUCGAGCUUGCCAUCGACGUCCACGUCACUGGCGAGGUAGCCGGCGCUCUAGAGAAAACCUAUGCGCAGACGCUCAUUAGCAACUAUGGCGUGCGCCCCGACACCCGUGCGAUUCUCACCGAGGAGCUUGAGCUGGCCAAGGAGGCCGGCUCAACGUCGCUGGCCACCUACGUGUGUGGCCCGCCAGGUAUGGUGCUCGACGUGAGCAACCGUACUGCUGCGGCUAACUUUGACGCCGCCCGUGGCCGCCUUGGCUCGCUGAAGGAUAUCAUGCUCGAUGCCGAGCGCUUUGACUGGUAA